GUAUGCGCGACGCGUGUGUACGUCUCGUAAUAAUAAUAAUACUAUAAUCAUUAUGCAUCCAAACUACUGCGACUGCGUGUCGCCUAGUCGACGGACGAACUAAUAUCACAUUCUGUGUAGGUCUACACGCAGCUACACGCCUACACUGGCUACUUAUUCUGUUUAGUAAAAAUAAAUUAUAAUAAUGAUAAACGAUAAUGACAGAUAGGUACGAAUAAUAAUCAAUAUACCAAUAACAACAACGUAUUUUGUUGCAAAUAAUAAUGAUAUUAUUGUGAUAUACCGCCGCCGCCGCAGACGCGUACAAAACGAGACACGAGUUUCCCGCGAAAUAAGUCGUUUUAUAUAGCUACAAACAGUAAGUUAUAAUAGGUACGUCUUGUGCCUACACUUACUAUUAUUGUUAUUAUUAUUAUUGUUGUAAUGAACUGAGCUGUGUCGCGUGCUUUUCUUUUCAUUUUCCGACGUGUGUUAUUACUUAAUAUGUUAAUAUAAUGCAACAAUACGUGUAAAUCGGCCUCGCACAACUGCAGCUACAGACUACGAAUACUGGACCGGAAGGACACGCGAACCUGUUCGAUGGCGAAUCGCAACGGCGGAAGUUGCUGUUGUAGUGACGAAGAUGAGGAAGACGACGACGAAGAAGAAGACGAAAACGACGACGACGACAGCGGAUCGUGUUCGAGCUGUUCGACCGCGGAAGUCGUCGACGACGACGACAUCGGUUGCGCGACCAGACGGCGACUGACGUCCGCGGGCAGAACGAACACUGCGGCCGCGGCCACGUCGUUCGACCUGCUGGACGCCCGGCGCCUGCCAGACCUGUUGGACGCCGAACGACUGGUGGCCGUACUGGACGGGUGUCUAGAAUCGGAGUACGUGCGAGGCUGCGUGGUCGAGACGUGGGACGCGGUGCUCAGCGAACACCUGGAGGCCAUCGCGCACCUGGUACUGUACCAAACGCCCGAGCACGCCGUCAGCCAGGCGGUGUACGAAAAGCUGGUCGGACUGUCCGCGUCCCUCCGGCCGCCCGCCAACGACGGCCAGCACCAGCGGCCGGCUCGCGUGGACGCGCAAUGUGUGUACGGCACGCUCAGGUCAGCGGCCCGGUCGCUGUUGACCACCCGGGUGGACGCGUGCUGCCGGCAGAGCAUGUGCCGGGCCGUCGGACUGGCCGUGGCCGCGCUCCGGUGCAGCACGCGACCCGUGUUCUCGGUGGAGAACUUCGUGGUCGAGAUCAACGAGGCGGCCAACUUUGCCAACCUGUACUGCACCGGGUACGCCAAGCGCAUAUGCGCCGCGCUCGAGGGCAUCUACGACACGGUCAUGGCCGGUGACUACCACCCGACCAACGUCGUUGUCCAGAUGGCCGUCAUGGACAAGUGCAUCAGGGCGGCGGUGCGGACGCUCGCCGACGCCCGGGCAACGGCCGCGCAAAAGACGGCCGCCCAGCGGUCGCUGCUCGCCGAACUAGACGACGUGCGCGCGACGGUGCGCAUGAAGAACCACGGUUGCGUGGACGACGUGGGCGCCGACCCGCGGCAGCAGCAGCGACGCCAACUCGCAGUGGCCACAUCAUCGUCCGUCACGGCGGCCCGGUUCGUCCACUUCACCAUGAGCCCGUGGCGGGCGCCCAUCCGCAUGUACCAUCAACAGUCGCCGACCAGUGUGGACCAGGUGCUCAGGGCCACCGUCCGCUUGGUCGAGGCGCUCGUCGCCGAACUGUUCAAGCCGUGCUUGAGCGGCCGGCACCGCGUCCGCCGCCCAAACCGGCGUCACCGCGCGUACAGCAGCCGUCAGAUGCACGACAAACAGCUCUAGAAGGACCGCCGACAUUUUUCAUCAAUGUAAUAAUUGCAUUUUACACGACCCCCCCCCCACGAUCCAUACAACAACGUACCUAUAUACGCAUCAUGCUUAUCACAGCAUGCGAAAGACGCUAUUUUUAUUGUUUUAUUUAUUUAUUUUUUAUUUUUUAUUUUUUAUUAUUUUAAUUGUGUGUACAUUUUACGUUUUAUAGUCUUUAAAUUAUUUUAUUCACGUGAAUCUAUAUCUAAUCGUAUAUUAUACCUAUCAAGAUUUUUAAGAAAGAAAUUGGAGUGUAUCGAUACGUAUCGACUCGUAUUCGGGUUCCUCGUCGACAAAUAUCGGAUUUUUAUUCAUGAAAAUUUUAUAAUGCUUUAUUAUUUGCGUAUCAUAGCAAGCUGUACAUAAUUGAUAUUAAAUGGCAAUAAGUUUUUUUAAAUAUUAUAUCAUACACGUUUUUAAUUUUUA